UUUAUAAUUUGGUGACAUGCAUAUGUCAUUAAUUUGUUUUUCUGGAGUACUACUUGCUUACAUAUCCAUUAUCAGGUGACAGGUCAUAUGACUGAAAGUACAAAAUGUCGUGCAAGGAGAAAGUGAUACAAGCAAUCCGAAUCAUUGGAGGUUGCCCUGGACAUGUGAAGGUCAGCUUGGUGCUAGUAGCCGUGACCUUCUGCAUGUAUCUGAUGGGAAUGUUUACUGGCAGCUGGUUGUCGGGUUCGACGCCUAAUGUUCGCCAGGGACUGUUUAGUUAUUGUAUUCAAGAUAACGAAGCGGAAUGCUGUGCACAUCUAGAGGACUUCACGGAAACGCAGAAUACCACUGUACCAGCAUUUGUUCAAGCAACCCGUGCAUUUAUUAGUAUCGGUUUAAUAAUGCUGUGUGCGACACUGGUCAUUUGUGUGGUGACUGUAAUGGUGUCGGGGGACAGAACGCCAAGAGGCAGACCUUACCUGAAACAGGAAGUGAUGUUCAAUAUGGCUUGUAAUGCGUUGUCAUUUAUUGCUAUACUGAUUGGAGUGAUAGUUUAUGGCGCCAGCUACCGGGACGAAACCUGGAUGAGCCUUUUGGGAUUAUCCUGGUCAUACGCAUUCUGCGCUAUGGCGGCAUGCCUAUGUAUAGUCAACCUUGGGGUGUUAUACACUUACGAACCACCUUAUUCAUCUGAAUGAAAGUAACCAGAUAUGGUUACCACCUACCAGUGAAUGCGGGGAAGCUGUCGAAGUGAUUUUUCCCCUGAUCAGUAGGAAUGAAAACAUUCAUUCAUUAUCUAUGUAUUCGCUUUUUUGUUUAACAAAAAUAGGACACAUCUAACAAAUGAACUGAGUAACAUUUAGAAGUUAUCAUAUGGCCGUUUCAUACUCUUUUCCGUAUAAGACUGAGACUCCCAUAUCAGCCUGAGGACUGAGACUGAAUACAAUUUACAAACGACUGUCGUGUGAAAACAUGUUAAGUCUGUCGACAUAAAAUCCUACCAUAUUUCCACGACAGUCCUAUGUUAUAUGGUGAAAUUACCAUUUCCAUAUUAUACUUCCUUUUAGCUCCCCGCCCACCUCAUUUCUAUAGAUUAGGCUAGGAAGCUGUUUAUCAAAUUUUGCAUGAUUAUUGCACUGUCCUUGUGUGAACCAUUGCAGAAAGUAGAGCACAUUAUUGACAAAGUGAAGUCAUAUUAAACAAUAUCGCCGUUACCUACUUAUCGACUACGUGCUUGUUUUUUCAGCUAUUUUAUUAUAUGCAUCUUAAGUGUUACUCAAUACAUCAAAUUAGUGAGGAAAUGUUUAAAUAUCUAGUUUUGUCCAAAUUAAGUCAAUAAUGAUUUGGAUUUAUCUAUGAUUUCUCGGAAACGCCCAAAGCUGACCUCAGUUUCAUAUCAUAUCAUUCAGGUAUUGCCAUGAGUUAUCUCUAUGCUAGACGCUUAAACAACUCUAUGCUAGACAUCAGAAAGCCCGAAUUGGCAUCCCUUACUUGAUGUUUAUUUUCACGAAUUAACAUUCGGCCCUAACAACCAAGUCCUCAUUUACUUGCAUUGGUCGAUCAAAAAAAUUAUUUUAACUUAAACAUUGUCCACUAAAACAUCUUCAUUGCAUAACCCCUACAGUUCAUUUCAAUAUCAUUUUAUCAUUUAUAUUACCAAAAAAGCUCUUAAUUUUAAAAGCUCUAUGUACCAGAUAGCUAAAAGCACGUAAACGGCAUACGUUUAGUUGCUGUAGAUAACUGCAGCAUGCAUUCGUUAAACCA